CAUCCACAUGUCCGCCACACUGUUCCGCCCCAGUCUCUGCCUCGCGCGCCCGCUCCCCGCGCUGCGCUGCGGCCUCGCAACCUCCUGCGCUGCGCAAGCACGUCUCUCCAGCAACCCGUUCGACCCGUUCCCGCGCCCGUUCGACCCGCCACCCGCCCCGCGCGGCCCCGUCGACGCGCUCGCACACGCGCCCGCCCGCGCCGGCGAGACGCCCGCAAAGCUCCGCGCCCGCCUCACGUACCAGUCGCGCAAGCGCAGCUCGCUCGAGAGCGGCCUCCUCCUCUCGACGUUUGCACGCGACUUCCUCCCCAGCAUGAGCUUGCCGCAGAUGCGCGAGUUCGACCGCCUCCUCGCCGAGCCCGACGCCGACAUCUACUCGUGGGCCGUCGGCAAGCGGGACGCGCCCAAGCGCUGGCACGACAGCGAGGUGUUGGAUAAGUGAGACCGCGACGCCGCGCCGAGCUGACCCAGGCUGCGCAAGCACGCGCGUAACGAGAACAAGGUCGUGCGCCGCACACCCGACCUCGAGGACAUUGAGCGCGAGUAGAAUCGAUCCCACAGUUGUUAUCUUGCUACCUUGCAUAUCUAAAGCAU